UCUACAUAACGUCAAGUGUCAAUUUCAGCUGAAAAUCGUGCUAUUUUAAUUUUUAAUAUUUUAAAUUAUUGGUUUUAUUUAGUCUGAAAUUAAUAUCAGUAAUUAAAUGGGUCAGUAAUUUUAUAAUGAAAAGAAUGUCAAAUGCAAAUGAAAUUGAUUAUAAUACUGCGCUCAAAAGAGUGAAUUUGGUGGAGAGAAAUGUUGUACCUUGUGGUGUAAACUUAGUAAACAAACAUAGAUCCGCUUUACACGAAUCUCAGGAUAUAAUAGAACUAGCCAAACAUAUUCAAAGAGCGGAUGAAAAUAUUAGGACACAUACGUCGGGGAAGUUAGCAAUUAUUUUAGAUCAAAUAAGAAUGUUACAAAUGCAAGCGAAAACUAUAUUAACUGAAAUGGAUCAGAAUAACGAAUUGAAUCACGUGCCAUGUAAUUUUAUUAAGAAGCCUGGACAAAUUUACCAUCUUUAUGAAAAAUCAUCUGGCAUUAAAUAUUUUAGUUUGUUAUCACCAGAAGAUUGGAAUGGAUCGUGUAAAGACAAAUUUGUAAAUAGUUUCCGUUAUGAAAACGAUUUAACUUGGACUCCAUUCGACGAAAUAAAAAAAAAGGAAGAAGACACUAUUUUUAGUAAUAGGCUAAUUAAUUCUUAUCUGGAAUGUAAAGACGAAAAUAUAUUAGCAGCGAUUGCAGCUAAUAACAUGAGCAUUGAAAAAAACUAAAGAAUGAAAUCUGAUUUGAUAAAUGUGCAUGUACAUAUAUAUCAGUAGAUUUUUAUUAAUUGAAAAUGAAUUUUUAAAAGAAUGUAAAUCAAUAUGGUAAAAAAUACAAUUUGCACAUAAUGACUAA